AUGUACGACGAGAUGGUUCAUGUGCCAGAGGAUAGCGUAUUUGUGGUCGCCGAUUCGCUGGGGAGGUGUCAGCACUUUGAGGUGUUUGUCGAUGGUGAAAAGGUAGGGGUUACGAAUGGAGAUGGACCUCUUGAUGCUAGCCCUUGUGGCGACCCCGAAACCUGCAUAGAGGAGAAUGGUGGAAGCCAUGGACUAACGUCAGAUGUAGGCUCACAUGCCAUUGGUCUCAGAUGGAUAGGUGUCACAGACGCAUGUAAACACAUCGCUACUGGACGUGGCUCGUACCAGAUCUACAGGAAAUGCUGA